AUGUAUUUGUCAGUGGGCACUAGACCAGACAUAACAUUUGCAGUAAACAAAGUCAGUCAAUAUUUAGAAAAAUCCAAUAAAAUUCACUGGAAUGCAGUAAAGAGAAUUUUUAAGUAUCUAAAGGGAACAACAAAAUACGGUAUUCAUUAUUCAACUCAACAGAAUAAUCAUAUUAAAGCAUUCAGCGAUGCAGAUUACGCUGGAGACACUGAAACGAGGAAGUCCACUACUAGUUUUGUAUUAAAACUAGGCGAUUCCGCAAUAGCUUGGGGGUCAACACGACAGCAAACAGUAGGUCUAUUCACUACUGAAGCCGAAUACAUAGCAGUUAGUCAAACUGUAAAAGAGAUCAUAUGGAUGAAAAGUUUGAUUAAUAAUCUAGUCAUGUUCAAGAACAUUACAACGACUCUUUACGUGGAUAAUUUGAGCGCAAUCAAGCUUAUUAAAAAUCCAGAAUUUCAUCGAAAAAGUAAGCAUAUUGACGUGCGUUAUCACUUUAUACGAAACAAAUUUAAGGAGAAGGAGUUUCUUCUGCAACAUAUAGCAUUGAAAGAUCAGCAGGCAGACUUAUUAACAAAACCUCUAAGAAGAACAAUAUUUGAAAUACAAAGAAAUCGAUUGAAUAUCAAGAGUAUCGAAGACAUGAUAGACACAUAG